AUGGCUUCCUUUGCAACAUGCCUGAAUGAACACAAGAGAGACACCAUGCAAAAAGACUCUCUUUCAUGUUUUUCAACCACUUAUACAGAAUCUUCACUAUAUCAGAUAUUAUCACUGCUCUGUAGACAGCCAGAUAAGUGGUGCAAUGAUCCAGGUGCUAGGGACAUAUACUGGGAAUCAGGACACUCGCAUUCCCUUUCCAGCAUUGCUAAUGACCAUGAGCCCAACUCUUCUGGGUUUUCUAAGAAACCUGAAGACAUUAGGUUCCAGCCUUUAUUGAAAUUCCCUGGCAUUGAGACGUUCUUCCCACUUGGGCACUGGUCAACAAUAUUCAAGUUCACUAUUGUUGGAUUCCCAAACAUCAGUCAGUUUAAAAGCCUUGUCUUCCUCAUUCUUCUGGCAAUCUAUGGACUGAUACUCAUGGGCAACACACUGAUCAUAGCCUUGGUGUGGAGGGAUUAUCGCCUACAUUCCCCCAUGUACUGGUUCCUCUGCAACUUGUCUUUCUCAGGCUUUUGGUUCACCACCGUCAUCCUCCCAAAAACCAUGCAGAGUCUCAUGUCAAACAACCACAUGAUUUCUUUCUCUGGCUGCAUCACUCAGACUUAUUUCUAUUUCUUCCUGGGCACAUCUGAGUACAUCCUAGUGGCUGUGAUGUCCUUUGAUAGGUACGUUGCUAUUUGCAAGCCGUUGCAUUACCCCAUCAUCAUGAGUGGACAGCUGACACUGCAGUUGGUUAUUUGCACUUGGAUGGGAGCAUUUGUAUCAGUUUUGUGCCCCACCAUACUUGUGUCCCAGUUACCAUUCUGUGGCCCCAAUGUUAUCAACCAUUUCUUCUGUGACAUAAAGCCUCUGUUGAAGUUGGCUUGUGUGGAUACCAGUCUUAUUGAAAGGGUCAUCUCCUCAAUCUCAGCCUUUGUAGUGCUUAGCUCACUGUUCCUAACAACAAUGUCCUACAUGUAUAUCAUCCACACUAUCCUGCGUAUCCCGUCUGCUAUAGGACGCCAGAAGGCAUUCUCCACCUGUGUAGCCCACAUCACCGUUGCUUCCAUCUUCUACAGCUGCUCUAUUUUCAUGUAUGUCCUGCCAAAAAAACUGCACUCCUCAGAGUUUUACAAAUCAGUGUCCUUCCUUCACACUGUCAUCACUCCUUUGCUCAACCCUUUCAUAUACACGCUGAGGAAUGAGAAAGUCCAGAUUGUAUUUAAAGAGAUGCUCAGACAGGGAGUUGGGAAUGUUUCAAAAAGGUUCUGA